CUGCAGGACCGCACUCAAUUCAGUGACCGAGACUUAGCCACCCUUAAGAAGUACUGGGACAAUGGCAUGACUAGCCUGGGCUCUGUUUGCAGAGAGAAGAUUGAAGCUGUUGCAAUUGAACUAAAUGUUGACUGUGAAAUAGUUCGGACUUGGAUUGGGAAUCGAAGAAGGAAAUAUCGUUUAAUGGGGAUAGAAGUUCCACCUCCAAGAGGAGGCCCUGCUGACUUCUCUGAGCAGCCAGAGUCUGGCUCUUUGUCUGCACUCACACCAGGAGAGGAAGCUGGGCCUGAAGUAGGAGAGGAUAAUGACAGAAAUGAUGAAGUAUCCAUCUGUUUGUCUGAAGGAAGCUCUCAAGAGGAGUCCAGUGAAGUUGUUCCAAAUGAAACAAGUGCUCAUAAGGAGGAAAACCACCAUGCAGCAUCCACAGAUAAUGUGAAAAUAGAAAUUAUUGAUGAUGAAGAAAGUGACAUGAUAAGUAAUUCUGAAGUAGAACAAGUUAAUUCUCUCUUGGAUUAUAAGAAUGAAGAAGUGAGAUUCAUUGAAAAUGAGCUAGAGAUUCAAAAGCAAAAAUACUUUAAACUUCAGACUUUUGUUAGAAGCUUGAUUGCAGCUAUGAAAGCUGAUGAUAAGGAACAACAGCAGGCACUGCUGUCAGAUUUACCUCCUGAAUUAGAAGAGAUGGAUUUCAAUCAUGCCUCACCAGAGCCUGAUGAUACCUCAUUCAGUGUGUCUUCUUUAUCAGAGAAAAAUGCAUCAGACAGUUUGUGAUUUGAGGGGGGAUAUAUGAUGUAGUCUUUGGCUGCCUAACA